AUGAUUGUUCAAGGAACAACAGGAACUGGUAAAUCAAUCUUGAUAGAUUGCAUCAGACAAAAGUUAAAUGUCUCUGCAGGCAUUAAGACAAACACAUUGUUAGUUCUUGUACCUACAGGUGUUGCUGCAUAUAAUAUUCAAGGAACAACUAUUCAUGCAGGCCUCCGAAUCCCUAUAAAAGAAAUGCAUCCUUUGACAGGGCAAGCAUUGUUCACAUUCCAAGAGCAUUUUAGGCAUGUUAAAUAUAUUCUAAUAGACGAAAUGAGCUUCUUGGGCCCUAAAUUACAAUUGAAGAUUGAUAGUCGGCUCCGCCAAGCAUUCCUUGAUAAACAACAUGAAGGCUUUGGUGGACUCUCCAUAAUCCUUAUAGGUGACCUUGGGCAGCUCCCUCCUAUAAUGGACAAACCAAUUUAUGCUUCGCAGUCUAUAGCUUUGAACUUGUGGCGAUCAUUUAAAACAGUUGUAACAUUGCAUACUGUUUUCUGCCAACAAGGUGCCUCUGUUAAACAACAACAAUUUAGAAGCCUGCUCUAG